AUGGGGAAGUCGUCAUUGCGGUUUAUUAUAGUGACUUUCCUUGUCAUUUUCAUUUCCGUAUAUCCCUCCAUUGUUCGAGCAGCUGAUGAGGAAGCGGGCCCUAAGAAGAAGACUCCUGCACCGCCAGUACCUAAGCCUGUCGAGGCCGAUGCCACCAACUACGAAGUCACGACAUUUCCCCAGACAGGACAACAACAGGCUUAUUGUAAAUCGAAAGGAGCUUGUUACCAUAAGAUACUCACCUGUCCUGCCGAGUGCCCCGAAAGGAAACCAAAGAAGAACAAGAAGCAAAAAGGAUGUUUCAUCCACUGUGGUAGCAAAUGUGAAGCUACUUGCAAAUGGAGAAGAGCUAAAUGCAAUGGCUAUGGUUCUCUAUGUUAUGACCCAAGGUUCGUUGGUGGUGAUGGAGUUAUGUUCUACUUCCAUGGUGGCAAAGGACGUGAUUUCGCUCUAGUCUCCGAUACCAACCUUCAAAUCAAUGCCCACUUCAUUGGAAACCGACCCAAUGGUCGUAGCCGUGACUAUACGUGGGUCCAAGCGGUCUCAGUAAUGUUCGACACCCACAAAUUGAUCAUUUCAGCAAAGAAAGUAGCCCAAUGGGACGACUCGGUUGACGUGCUUCUCGUGAAAUGGGACGGUGAAGAAGUCACUGUCCCAUUCGACGGAGACUCUGAAUGGAAAACCAACACCGGAGUAAGAGAAGUGGUGGUCGAAAGGACCGACGACACCAACACAGUUAAAGUCAUGGUUGGUGGGUUGGUAGAGAUUGACAUGAAGGCCGUCCCAGUGACCAAAGAAGAUGACAAAGCUCACAGCUACCAACUACCAGCAAAUGACGUUUUUGCCCACUUUGAGUUGCAAUUCAAGUUUUCAAAUCUUUCGGACAAUGUGGAGGGUAUUUUGGGGAAAACAUACCAACCCGGGUAUGUAAGCCCUGUCAAGAGAGGUGUAGCCAUGCCGAUAAUGGGUGGAGAAGACAAGUAUGAAACCACAUCUCUAACUUCAACUGCUUGCAAUGCAUGCAUUUUUCAGAAAAAACCUGCUGCUGGUUUGGCUGAUUUCUGAACAUGUUUUUAGUUAUUUGCAUUGAUCAUAU